CCCCGCCUCGCCCUUCCGGGACCGCGCUCGUCUCGCGCACUUUGAAAGUGCGCGAGCUCCGGCCGAGACCCGGGGCCGACGGUUGGUCGGACGGAACCAUCUGCUACGUUGCGUGGGGGGAGCGGAAGGCCUCCACGCCCACUUUUUUUUCCCCCAAGUCUUUAACUUUCCAGCCCAAGUGCUGGUUCACGGUAGCGUUCAAAUCCUCUCCGCGUGCUCAUACUCUCAGGAGGAACCCAGUCUCCAGGAGAAGGGCGGGUGUGGGUCCGUGCGGCGUCCUCCCCCUCUCGACGGGGAGCCGGUGGGAGAGGACGACGGCCGGCGGGGGGAGGAGGAGGCGGCCCUAGCGCCAUUUUGUGGGAACGAAGCGGUGGUAGCUGCGCUGCUCUCGGACCCCGGGCUGCUUCCGUCUCCCCGUCGGGCUCCCUAGCAGCGGCCUAGCGGAACAACAAGGGAAGAUGUCGGAGUACAUCCGGGUCACGGAAGACGAGAAUGACGAGCCCAUCGAGAUACCGUCCGAGGACGACGGCACCGUGCUGCUGUCCACCGUGACGGCCCAGUUCCCCGGCGCCUGCGGGCUGCGCUACCGGAACCCGGUGUCGCAGUGCAUGCGGGGCGUCCGGCUGGUGGAGGGGAUCCUGCACGCCCCCGACGCCGGCUGGGGGAACCUGGUCUACGUCGUCAACUACCCCAAAGAUAACAAGAGAAAAAUGGACGAGACCGAUGCUUCGUCAGCAGUGAAGGUGAAGAGAGCCGUGCAGAAAACAUCGGACUUGAUAGUGCUGGGGCUCCCCUGGAAGACGACCGAGCAGGACCUCAAGGAGUACUUCAGCACCUUCGGAGAAGUUCUCAUGGUGCAGGUCAAGAAAGAUAUUAAAACUGGCCAUUCCAAAGGGUUUGGCUUUGUUCGUUUCACGGAGUAUGAGACGCAGGUGAAAGUAAUGUCCCAGCGGCACAUGAUAGAUGGACGAUGGUGCGACUGCAAACUUCCUAAUUCUAAGCAAAGCCCCGACGAGCCCUUGAGAAGCAGGAAGGUGUUUGUGGGGCGCUGCACGGAGGACAUGACUGCUGACGAGCUGCAGCAGUUCUUCUGCCAGUACGGGGAGGUGGUGGACGUGUUCAUUCCCAAGCCCUUCCGAGCCUUCGCCUUCGUCACGUUUGCAGAUGAUCAGGUUGCCCAGUCUCUUUGUGGAGAAGACUUGAUCAUUAAAGGAAUAAGCGUCCAUAUAUCCAAUGCCGAACCUAAGCACAAUAGCAAUAGACAGUUAGAAAGAAGUGGAAGAUUUGGUGGUAAUCCAGGUGGCUUUGGGAAUCAGGGUGGCUUUGGUAACAGUAGAGGGGGUGGAGCCGGCUUGGGGAACAAUCAAGGUAGUAAUAUGGGUGGGGGGAUGAACUUCGGUGCUUUCAGCAUUAAUCCAGCCAUGAUGGCUGCGGCGCAGGCGGCACUGCAGAGCAGCUGGGGGAUGAUGGGCAUGUUAGCCAGUCAGCAGAGCCAGUCGGGGCCUUCGGGCAAUAACCAGAGUCAGGGCAACAUGCAGAGGGAGCCCAACCAGGCCUUUGGCUCUGGCAAUAACUCCUACAGUGGCUCUAACUCGGGUGCAGCGAUUGGUUGGGGAUCGGCAUCCAACGCAGGGUCAGGCAGUGGUUUUAACGGUGGCUUUGGCUCCAGCAUGGAUUCGAAGUCUUCUGGCUGGGGAAUGUAGACCGUGGGCUGUGGUUGGUUGCUUAGAAUGGUGGGAAUUCAAUUUUUUCUAAACUCAUGGUAAGUAUAUUGUAAAAUACAUAUGUACUAAGAAUUUUCAAAAUUGGUUUGUUCGGUGUGGAGUAUAUUCAGCAGUAUUUUUGACAUUUUUCUUUAGAAAAAAAGGAAGAGCUAAAGGAAUUUUAUAAGUUUUGUUACAUAAAGGGUUGAAAUAUUGAGUGGUUGAAAGUUGAACUGCUGUUUGCCUGAUUGGUAAACCAACACACUACAGUCGAUAUCGAAAGGUUUCUCCUGUAAUCUCUUAUCCCUGGACUUGUCAAGUGAAUUCUUUGCAUGUUCAAAGUGGAAACCAUUGAUUUAGAGCUACAUUCUUUUCUCCUUGUUUUAAUUUGAACCCCACCAUACGGAUUUUUUCCUUAGGAAAGUCUUCCUCUCGGGAGAUGAUGGUGUCACGCAGUGUUUGGUUCUUUCGGUUUUGUUUUUAACACUUGUCUCCCCUCAUACAAAAGUACGAUAUGAAGCCUUCAUUUAAUCUCUGCAGUUCAUCUCAUUUCAAACGUUUAUGGAAGAAGCACUUCGCUGAACGUAGUGCUGUAAACAUUCUGCCAUAGGAAUACUUCUGUCUACAGCUUUCUCUUUCAAGAAUUGGUCGUCACGCCGCGCGGGCUGCGUCUCUGACGGUGGGUGUCCCAUUUUUAUCCAGUACUCUUUAUUUCAUGGAGUCGUAUCAACGCUGUGAACGCAAGGCUGUGAUAUGGAACCAGAAGGCUGUUUGAACUUUUGAAACCUUGUGUGGGAUUGAUGGUGGUGCCAAGGCAUGAAAGGCUAGUAUGAGCGAGGGAAGGAGAGAGCGCGUGCAGAGACUUGGUGGUGCAUAAUGGAUAUUUUUUAUCUUGGCGAGAUGUGUCUCUCAAUCCUGUGGCUUUGGUGCGAGAGUGUGCAGAGAGCAAUGAUAGCAAAUAACGUACGAAUGUUUUUUGCAUUCAAAGGACAUCCACAUCUGUUGGAAGACUUUAAGUGAGUUUUGUUCCUAGAUACCCCACGUAGCUGAAUGUGUUAAGUGAAACGAUACUUGUACCCCUGCCCCUUGUCAACGCUGUGAAUGCUGUAUGGUGUGUGUUUCUCCCGUUACUGAUCUGCAAGUGUGGUCAUGUGAACUGAAGCUGCUGGGGUGAGAACAUGGACUGAGCUUGUGCUGUGCUUUGCAGGAGUACUUGGAAGCAGAGUUCCCCAGUGAGCUCAGGUGUCUCCAAGAAGGGUGGACGUUCAAAUGUCUGUUAGCUACCAUAAGAAUGCUGUUUGCUGCAGUUCUGUGUCCUGUGCUUGGAUGCUUUUUAUACGAGUUGUCAAUGUUGGAAAUUCUUAAAUAAAACUGAUUUAAAUAA